AUGAAUCUUCUUCAUUUCGUCCUCUUGACCCUGCUGGGCUCUCUCGCUUCCUCCAUGGCUAUGGUGCCACCACGCCUGAUGACUGGUGUAGCCGCACACAACGUCGAACAAGCCCUCAACCACACCGCAGAAAAGGAGGUCGCAGGUCGUCCAGGAACGACCAUAGCCUCCAUACUUGUAAAGUAUGAACUCAGAUGCGGAUUGGACCCAAACACGCCCUCGGCACCUUUCACACCAGGUUACGGCCUGAAGGACAUUUAUUGCAAGAAGUGGUUUGAGUGCAAACCUGAUGAAAUCGACAAGCCUGAGAAGCACUUUGCCUACAAUAUGGGCUGUGUGGACCCCUACGGCGGCCUGGUCCAGGGUCAGUAUGGCAACGUUGCUCGUGAUCCGGACUCGGUCGAGCCUCUGAACGAUGACGACGGGCUGAUGCGGGAAGACAUGAGUGCGAAUGGUGAUUUCAGCCUCAAGUAG